AUGUCUCAUCCUAAGGUCUUUUUCGAUGUCGCCGUUGAGGGCAAACCACUUGGUCGUAUCACUAUGGAGCUCUUCAAUGAUGUUGUUCCCAACACUGCUGAGAACUUCCGUGCCCUUUGCACUGGCGAGAAAGGCUUUGGCUACAAGGGCAGCAUCUUCCACCGUGUCAUUCCUCAAUUUAUGCUUCAAGGUGGUGACUUUACCAACUUUAACGGUACCGGUGGACAGUCCAUCUAUGGUCAAAAGUUCCCUGAUGAGAACUUCCAGCUCAAGCACACCAAGCCUGGUCAGCUAUCCAUGGCUAACGCUGGUCCCAACACCAAUGGUUCCCAAUUCUUCAUCACCACUGUCCCUUGCCCAUGGUUGGAUGGAAAGCAUGUUGUUUUCGGUGAGGUUGUCGAUGGCAUGAACUAUGUCACCGAAAUUGAAAGUCUUGGCAGUGCAAGUGGUGCUCCUAAAAAGAAGAUCGAGAUUAUCAACAGCGGUCAACUGUAA